AUGUUUGAAAUAGUCAUAUCUUAUCAUAUAAAUCCUCCCGUGGGAACACCGGGAAUAGGUCCUAAAUCAGGUCAAAUCCUUCUCCCGAUUCUUCCCAUCUCUCCAGCAUCUACAACGACUUCUUCAAAUACCCCUUCCACAUCUACUUCUUCCAGUCAAUCCCAUUCUGAGCCAUAUACCAACCCUCUCUCAUCAACCGCACCGUCUGAUCGACCACCUAUCGAACCAACAUACAAUCUCCCCUCGUCCACCCAAUUAGAGACAUCCGAAAAUGUAUCAGAUCCGAACAUAGAAGUUGAGAAGACCCCUUUAUCCCAAGAAAGUUACUACGUAUCAUCUUCCUUCGCCAUCCUCCAAGUACAGAAAAAACUGAAUGAGGUUCUUACCACUUGGAAAGAAGCAGUGGGAGAUAGAGAGAAGGAGAGAGAGAAUAUAGGUCCUGUGGGAUAUGGAAAAGGUCGAGGGGCUAGGAUGUCGGUUAAAGAUGUUGAAGGUUUAGAUGACGACGGGCGGAAUGAGGGUGUUGAGGAUGAUGAGGAAUCUGGAGAUAGUGAGGAUGGAUUAGAAGGAUCAUGA